AAAGAUGGGGAAUGGGAAUGGUACAUGGCAUCAAAUUUUGGAUCUAGUGGGUGGUUUUCAAGUUCUGUGUUUUGACUGAUCACAGAUGGACUACCAGCUAGGCUGCAAGAGGGCAAAAGAAUAGAAACACACCUAUCCACAGAGGUUUUGUUCCAAGAAAGCAGUGUGUCCAACACUACCAUGAAGUGAACCUCCAAAUAGUUACAAGUUGAUAGAGCUACAAUCAGCUUGAGAGAGAGAGAGAGAGAGAGAGAGAGAGAGAGAGAGAGAGAGCUAACAAUGGAUGUGGUUCAGUUGCAAAAACAAUUGGCGGACUACACAAGGUCCUUGUUUAAUGAGGGAUUUCUUGAUGAUCAGUUCAACCAGCUUCAGCAAUUACAAGAUGAGAGCAACCCAGAGUUUGUGGUAGAAGUGGUUUCUCUCUUCUUUCAAGAUUCUCAAAGGCUUGUCAAUGAACUCGCCAAAGAUCUGGAACAACAGAGUGUAGAUUUUAAAAAGGUGGAUGCCCAUGUCCACCAGUUGAAGGGUAGCAGCUCAAGCAUCGGAGCACAAAGAGUCCAGAAGGCCUGCAUUUCCUUCCGCAAUUAUUGCGAUGAGCAGAAUACUGAAGGGUGCCUGAAAUGUCUGCAACAAUUGAAAAAUGAGUAUUCCCUUGUGAAGAACAAGCUCGAAACUCUAUUCAAGCUUGAGCAACAAUUAUUAGAAGCUGGUGGGUAGAUGCCAAUAGAAUGAAAGAGGCAGUGAAGCCAUCAUCUGCAGUUAAAAAUCAAGAAAAUGGAAUGUGUUUCCUAUUUGUAGAGAAGUUUUAUCUUUGGUCAUUUUGGUGUUGAAGAGGGUUCGUGAUAUAAGCCGUGCUAGGAAUGCAUAUAUUCGGAGUUCAAAGUCAUUUAAUUCACGUGGAUCUAACGAAUGUAUCAUGUGAAUCAUAUGCAUCGGAUAGCUCCGUACAUAUUUACAUUCAGAUUUGUGAUCUAUGGGUCCGACUGUCGGUAGCCUUUGCAAUGUUAGUGAUAUUUGGAGCUUGAUUUGACAUUGUACUAAAUGUACGGCCAGUAACAGAGGACAAGAAUGAAUCUUUCACCUCUAUUUUCUAUCCAUAUAUUGUUAACAGUUUUGUUU